AUGGCUGAAUUCUAUUUGGAAUCCAUGAUGCUGAGCGUAUGCUCUGACAUAUUAAAAAUUCCAAUGGACUCUUUAGAAGUAAAAGCCAAGAAACCAAGGUCUGGUUAUGAUACGUUGUGGCGAUUAAUAGUUACAGCAUGGUCUUUUCAAAGGAUUUCUUGGAGUCUGUACAUUUAUAUGAAUUAUAUUUGUGUAAAUGGCCAUGUUCUGAAGUAUCGUUUUUUCUCCGAACCGAACCGUUGGUUAAUCAUAGUUCGCUAUUCAUUAUUCAAUUUCCAGUAUGCUUUUCGACUUUUGACCAAUAAGCUACCAAAGUUUUCGAUGGACAAUGUUUGCCUUGUUAACACUCUAUGUAAUCUUGACUACAACUACAAUGUUUCCACAUAG